GAGACAGAGAGAAAGAGAGAGUCAUGCCACAGACGCCUGAUUACUCGCUCUUGGAACCUGGAGCAGACCCUCUGUUGUAGAUCACCUCCGGGAUGAACCACAGACUGCCAGAGGUUCAUCAUAACAGCCGACCUGUGGGUUACACCGACAGCCCCAGGGCUCGGAGCCGUGAUAACCUGCUGAUGUACGAUGACUUUGGAGAGGAGAACUGUUGCUCUGGACGAUGCCUUGGGCACAGCAGCUCUGAGAGACAGCUUAUGGCUCGUCUCGCUGUUGUUAAACGACGUCAGGCUCUUCGUGGUCCUUCCUACAUGUUCUCUGCCACUCCGAUCAGCCUGUCGGAGGUUGAGCAGCGUUUCCUGGAAGCAGCCGAGUAUGGCAACAUACCAGAGGUGCGGCGCAUGCUGCUCCAUGUGCCCAACUUGAAUGUCAAUGCUGUGGACUACAUGGGCCAGAAUGCGUUGCAGUUGGCUGUAUCCAACGAACAUCUGGAGGUGACAGAGCUGCUGCUGGGGAGGGAGGAUUUGUCCAGAGUGGGUGACGCCCUCCUGUUAGCCAUCAGUAAAGGUUAUGUUCGUAUCACAGAGGCCCUGCUGUCUCAUCCGGCGUUUAGAGACGCCCAUCGUCUGACAGCGAGCCCUGCUCAGGUAGACAUGUUGGAUGACUUCUACGCUUAUGAUGAAGAUGGGACGAGGUAAGACAAAUGGCGUGCCCUGUGUCAAGAGUGUAACAGCUGCACUGGUGCAUUAAAUAUCAGAAUUACCUCACAUGUGAGGCCUCCUGAAUGCACCUGACUGUCUUUUUUAGU